AUGGCUCUGAGCAUCAUAUGUGCGGUGUGGGCACUGCUGCUGGAAGUGGCGGUGGCGUUUGGUCCAGUACCACGGAUCACUUGGGAACACAGAGAGGUCCAACUAAUACAUUUUCAUAAACCAGAAGUGUCAAACUAUUCAACCUUAUUGCUAAGUGAAGACAAAGAUGUCCUGUACGUAGGAGCCAGAGAAGUGAUCUUUGCAUUAAACUCAAUGAAUAUUGCUGAAAAGCUGCAUGAGUUUCCCUGGGAGGUCACUGAAGAUAAAAGGAUGAAAUGUGCUGUCAAGGGCAAAUCAGAACAGACAGAGUGUCGUAAUUACGUGCGUGUCUUGCAACAGCUGAAUGAGACUUUCCUCUAUGUGUGUGGAACUAAUGCAUUUCAGCCAACCUGUGAUUAUCUGAAUUUAAUUUCAUUUGAGCUUGGAGGUAGAAAUGAAGAUGGUAAAGGUAGAUGUCCAUUUGAUCCUGCUCAAAGCUACACAUCUGUUAUGGUUGAUGAGGAGCUUUAUUCUGGGACUUCUUACAAUUUCUUGGGAAGUGAACCUAUUAUUUCACGAAACUCUCAUCAGAGUCCUUUGCGAACAGAAUAUGCAAUACCUUGGCUUAAUGAGCCCAAUUUUGUGUUUGCUGAUGUGAUUAGAGCUGAUCAGAAUGGCACAGAUGGAGAAGAUGACAAGAUAUAUUUCUUCUUCACUGAGGUGUCUGUGGAGUAUGAGUUUGUUGGAAAACUGAUGAUUCCAAGAAUAGCUAGAGUGUGUAAGAGGGACCAAGGAGGAUUAAGGACUUUGCAGAAAAAAUGGACUUCCUUUCUCAAGGCCAGAUUGAUUUGUACCAUACCUGAUAAAAAUUUAAUCUUCAAUAUUAUCAAUGAUGUUUUUAUUCUGAAGUCCCCAAGUCUGAAGGAACCGGUGAUUUAUGGAGUUUUUACCCCACAACUGAAUAACGUGGGUCUAUCAGCAGUGUGUGCAUACAAUCUAUCUACUGUGGAAGACGUUUUCUCAAAAGGAAAAUAUAUGCAGAGUGCUACAGUAGAACAGUCUCAUACAAAGUGGGUGCGCUACAACGGGGAGAUCCCUAGUCCUCGACCUGGGGCGUUUUUAAGCAACAAAGCUGGGGCAUCGAGCUACACAAGUUCUCUGAAUUUACCAGACAAAACACUGCAGUUUGUUAAAGAUCACCCUCUAAUGGAUGAUUCAGUGACCCCAAUAGGAGAUAGACCCCGACUAGUAAAACGAGAUGUCAAGUACACCCAGAUUGUAGUAGACCGAGUCAGAGCACUCAAUGGUACCAUAUAUGAUGUCAUGUUCAUUGGUACAGAUCAAGGAGCCCUGCACAAAGCUAUCAGCUGUGAAAAUGGAAUGCAUAUCAUAGAAGAAACACAGCUUUUCCCAAACUUUGAGCCAGUCCAAACUCUCUUGCUUUCUUCAAAAAAAGGCAAAAGAUACCUCUAUGCUGGCUCAAAUUCUGGUGUGGUUCAGUCUCCUGUGGCAUUCUGCGAUAAAUACACCACUUGUGUGGACUGUGUUUUAGCAAGGGAUCCCUACUGUGCUUGGAAACCCCUUGAAGGUUCCUGUGUGGAUAUCCUUAAAGAAGGAGACAUUGAAAGGAAUUGGAUUCAGAACAUAGGUGGAGAUGCUUCCUCUUGUUCUGAUAAAGUAAGAGAGAAUUCUCUACAGCAUACAUUCAAGCACGGGAGCACAGCAGAACUCAAAUGUUCUCAAAAGUCCAAUCUGGCACAGGUAGUUUGGAAGUUCAAGGAUGACGUACUGAAAGUGGAGAGCCCCAAAUACCGUCUGCUGGAAAAAGCAUUGCUCAUCUUCAAUUUAUCAGAAGGAGACAGUGGUGUUUAUCAGUGUUUGUCAGAAGAAAAAGUGAAGAAUAAGAAGUUUUCUCAAGUGCUGGCUAAGCAUGUUUUGGAACUGAAAAAAAUCCAUCAUACUACAGCAGGCCCAACUGUGGCAGCUGCGACAACAAAAGGUAAUAGCGAUGUACCAAAAGUGUCGGCUGUGCCAUCCCCAGGGUCUACUGCUCAGACCUCGACCACCCAGAUCAUGCCAGUAACAACAGCAAGGAUCAUAACAAAGCCAAUUGGCCCUGUCCUCACAAGUGCAGCCUCCAACACAGAGAUCUUCAAUGCCAUUCCUGAUGCGGUCCCAGAAAAGACAAUGUUCCUAAAGUCAAACGAUAACUUCCUUUUAAUGUUCCUCUUCUUGUUCUUUUUCAUUCUUUUCUUGUGUCUGCUGUCCUACAACUGUUACAAAGGGUAUUUGCCAGGCCAGUGCUUGAAAUUUCGCUCUGUUUUGUUGCUUGGUAAGAAAAAAAACAAGUCAGACUUUUCUGACUGUGAGCAAAGCGUGAAAGAAACCCUGGUGGAGCAGGGCAGCGCCAGCCAGCAGAACGGGGAGCAGCCGAAGCCGGCCCACGACACGGGCUACGAGACCGAGCCGGACUGCGGGAACGGCCAGGUGCAGCCGGGAGAGCCGCCGGUCCCCGAGGCGCGGAGCGGUGUUGGUGCGCGCGCUGCCCAGCACGCCGGCUUCCUUGCAGAUCUCACCGGAUUAGAGCAGCAGUGCUUUUGUCUGCAGAUAACAGCAUCUUGUAUCACCUGGGACGAAGCCAGGUCAGGGGAAGGGGCCUCGGUUUCUGCGGACGCGGCGCGGGGCUUUCAGGCGCCCCUGGGGCUCUAA